AUGGCAUCGACGCAUGAUGACGAUCUUUCGAAGAAGCGCCGAGCCGAGGAGCGAAAAUUGAUCGAAGAAAUUCGGUACAAACGGUCAUGCGUGAGACGUGCACCCACGUUCCCGUCGGCAGAAGAGAUCCAAUGCAAGAUCCGUAGAUUUCUGAGUAUUGUUGUCAAGCUUGUUAAGUUUAACAAUCUCGUGGAAACUUUCACUGAGCUGCGUGGGAGUAGGCCCCAACUUUUCGCCAGGAGGGAGGCGGCGCUCUACCGUUGUCGCUUGGAGAGAGUGCAUUAUGAAGCGUCCAAUUUGAUGGAGAGGAUCCGCAGCGCAGCCGAAACGCUAUCGAUAGCAUACGACUUGUACGGACUUCUCGUUCUCGCGGAUGAUACUCUUUCAGAUGAACGCGAAGACUUCUAUGAUGACUGGGAAGAAGGAGUGAUUAUCCGCCCAUGCUUCAGUGCCGACUUCAUUUGUAAGGAAGUCGAAUUCAUAGACGACUUCAGGCGGAAGGUCGAGAACGAGAUCAAGGAGGCUGAGCUGCAGGAGAAAAGCGAGAACCACGCCAGCCUGUUCGACCAAUUCAAGGAGUUUUUCGCGGAGCUGCGUCGGGAAUCUGAAGAAAAACACGAGGAACUCCGUGGGCAACUCAAGAGCAUGAUCGGGAGCAUCGAAGGUAUUAAGGUGUCAAUGGAGAGACUGAGAGAGCAUCAUGGGGAAACGUCCGACCAGAAGUGUAACUCGGAAGAUAGAGAGCCAACCAGACCUCAUGGAGAUAAUUCCAUGCCGCCCUCGAGGAACCAAGGCGAAGGUGACCCACGAGACGCCGAAAAGCAUCAGGAGCCCGAAGAGGAUCUUCUGGAUCUCUACGACAAUUACGAAGUGAUCGACGACCAUGAGGAGGCAGGCAACCAGGGCACAAACCACGGAUCUCGAGAUUCAUUCCAAACGACGAAUCAUUCCAAACCACGAAUACCCAGGACGCCACAAGAGAGUGGAACUGGAAAAGCGAAGGGAUGCACUCGAAGCGAUUCUUGGAAGCAGAAGGAAAGUACCAGAUAG